AUUUAAUUUUUACGGGUUUAUUUUUCUCUCUUGUUUAGUCACCUCUUUGAAGUGAUGUGUCUCCACUAGGGUUUACUUUAUUUAACUGCCUCACUCCGCACCUCUCUCUUGCCCUUGCAUAUGAUCUAGCUAUGUUUCUUAAUUAGUUUUCCUUUUCACUACUUUUUUUCAAUUUUGGUGUUCUUGUUCACUAUAUAAAACUUUUUGUCUUGUGUUGUGUCCCUCCAUCUCAUCUUUAGUUCUUCUUCUAUUUUGCAUCAAUCAUGAGUGAUCCUUACACUAAUUACUUCCAUGGAUGGUUCAAUAAUUUCAACCCUAUUUACCAUUCUUCCUCAUCUUCUACUCCUCCUCCUUUCUCUUCCUAUAAUAACUAUAUUUUUCCAUCAUCAACAAAUUUCCAAUAUUUACAACCACCACCUUCUCCUCCUUUGAAAGAACCUCUUCCUCUCCUUAGUUUGAGCCCAAUUCAUCAACAUCAAGAUUAUUCAUCUACUAUGGAAGUUGAUAAUAAUAAUUAUAAUAAGGAAAACAAAGAUCAAGAGAGCAUCAUUUCUAACUUUGUUGAUGAAGAUAAUCAAGAUGAUGAAAGUGUUAGUGUAGCCUUACAAUUAGGGCUUCCUAAUCUAAGCCCUGAUGUUAUCUCAAGGAUUAAUUCUUCAACCAACAAAGAAGAACAAGAAGAAGAAGGAGAAGAAGAAGUUACUGUGGCUAAUAUUGGAUAUUCUUCCACACUUCACAAGGGUCAAUAUUGGAUCCCAACACCAGCUCAAAUUUUAAUUGGUCCUACACAAUUUUCAUGUCCUCUUUGCUUCAAAACUUUCAAUAGAUACAAUAACAUGCAGAUGCACAUGUGGGGGCAUGGAUCUCAAUACAGAAAAGGACCAGAAUCUCUAAGGGGAACACAACCAACAGCAAUGCUUAGGCUUCCGUGUUUCUGUUGUUCACCUGGAUGUAGGAACAAUAUUGAUCAUCCAAGGGCUAAGCCAUUGAAGGAUUUCAGAACCCUUCAGACUCAUUACAAAAGAAAGCAUGGAAUCAAACCAUUCAUGUGUAGGAAAUGUGGCAAAGCAUUUGCUGUGAGGGGUGAUUGGAGAACUCAUGAGAAGAAUUGUGGUAAGCUUUGGUAUUGCACUUGUGGAUCAGAUUUUAAGCACAAAAGGUCACUUAAAGAUCACAUUAAGGCAUUUGGAAAUGGACAUGAAGCUUAUGGUAUUGAUUGCUUAGAGGAAGAGGAUGAACCUGCUUCAGAAAUUGAACAAGACAAUGAUCAUGAUCACGACAAUUGAUGAUAUGCAUAUCGCGCCUAUGGGGAAAUUUUUUAUUUUGUCGACUCACACAAUUGAUAUUAGUUGUGUAACACUUAAUUUUUUAUCUCACAUAAAAAGUGUAACCACUCUUUUGUGAGAUAAAAACAAGCUUAAAAAAAAUAGCGUCAAUUGUGUGAGGCACAUAAUAAAAAAUUUCAGGGUAUGAGGGAAAGUUCAUUUUGAAAACUACAUAAUUUUCUUUCUCUCUUUGUUUAUGUUGCACUAGUAACCUUGUUGUUCUUGAUCAUUUUCUUCCGUUGCAAUUUUUAUCUUUCCGUAAAGGGAAAUGUUGCACUCAUUAGAAGUCGUCAGCUCUCUCUCAGAAUAUUUAUUUAAAUGUUUGUUUUACUAACUUUUUUGGCUCUAUUUUUCUACAUAUAUUGAUUUUCCUCCUUUAAUAUGACCA